UCCAGCUUUCGCAGGCAUACGAGGUGAUUGAAAAUACCCUCACCUUAGUCCUCAAGGUGAUGUCUUUGCUUUUUAACACUUACAAAGAGUUCUUUUGCAGCAGAUUUGCCCUAUUUGAAAUUCCUCAGUGACUAUGCCUUACUGACUUUCAUAGCCCUGUUUUGUUUCCCAUGCAUGCCCUCCCUAGCUUUGAUUGGCCCCUCUCCCCCUUCCUUGUCUUUGAAUGUGCUGGUGUCAGACUUGCUUUUGGACCUUUGAACUUACUUGCCCCCAGACUGCAGCAUUUCCCAUACCUUUCAGAUCACCUCUUAAAUAGCCUUUCUUAAGACUUUGCUGACACUGAAAUAAACCAAGUUAUAAAAUCUCAUGGCUUCUUCUUUUUUUAAUAGCAUUUAUCUCUGUUUGCAAUUAUGUAUUUACAUAGUGAUUUGAUUCUUUUUCCCCAAGUAGAAUUUAAGCUCCUCGAGGGCUCAGACAAUUUCAGAGUUUACAAAAGCCUAAAAUAACCCUUCCACUAGAUAACAGAUAAUAAAUGGAUGACUAAAGUAUAUAACUAGGCAAUUAAAAUACAAAGUGAUUGAUUCUGAAGUGAAUAAGUACAGACAGGGCCACAGUGUUGGUGUGUUUGGCAUUGUUAUUUGGGAAUAUGUUUGUUAUUGUAGCAUUGGUUCGAUCUGCCUCUCCUUUUAUAUUUUCUAUUAAAAAUAAACUUAUGUAGUACUGUGAAUUUUGAAUUACUGAAAAUACAUUAAGAGCUUCUCAGAACUCGAUUAUACUUGAAUAAGCAUUUGUCAUGGAUUGAAUUAUGUCCCCCCAAAAUAUGUGUAUCUAUCUGGCUAGGCCAUGAUUCCCAGUGUUGUGUCAUUGUCCACCGUUUUGUCAUCUGGUCUGAUUUUCCUGUGUUGUAAAUUUAUCUCUACGAUGUUAAUGAGAUGAGAUUAGUUGCAGUUAUGUGAAUGAGACAGGACUCGAUCCACAAGAUUAGAUUGUGUUUUAAGCCAGUGUCUUUUGAGAUAUAAAAGAGAGAAGUAAGCAGAGAGACAGAGGGACCUUAUGUUACAAGUAAGCAGCGCCAGGAGCAGAGUAUGUCCUUUGGAUCCGAGGUUCCUUUGUGGAGAAGCUCCUAGACCAGGGAAGGUUGAUGACCAGGACUGUCCUUCAGAGCCUGCAGAGAGAGAAAGGCUUUCCCUGGAGCUGACGCCCUGAGUUCGGACUGUGACCCUCCUAGGCUGUGAGACAAUGAACUUCUGUUGCUGAAGCCAUCCGCUUGUGCCAUUUCUGCUGCAGCAGCACGAGACGACUAAGGCAGAUGCUUUCUCCAGCAGCUCAGUUGAGGGAAAACUCUGCUAGUCUCUAAUUCUUGAUUCAUCUUCUUCCUUGCUGAUCAAGACCCAUAGAAGAGCAUGUUAUCGUGAUUUGUAGAUAAUAAAGUUCUCCUGAAAGUGGCCAGUGCUUUAUAACAGAAACAAAACCAAAAGGUCUUACUUUUACUAAUGGCAAGAUUUGAUGUGGAAGAAUUCCCUGAUGUGUAGUCAGACCGUCACUUCUUCUUCUACCAGUAACAGUCACUGUUGGAGAUUUUGGCCAGUACCAACAAUGUAUCAUUCCUUAUCUGAAACUAGACAUCCUCUGCAGCCAGAAGAACAAGAAGUGGGCAUUGACCCCUUGUCCAGUUACUCCAACAAGCCUGGAGGUGAUGCAAACAAAAAUGGAAGAACAACAAGUUCUACUUUAGACUCUGAUGGGACUUUUAAUUCCUAUAGGAAAGAAUGGGAAGAACUAUUUGUAAACAACAAUUACUUGGCAACAAUAAGGCUUAAGGGGAUUAAUGGGCAGCUGAGAAGCAGCAGGUUCCGCAGUAUUUGCUGGAAGCUUUUUCUUUGUGUUCUUCCUCAAGAUAAAAGUCAGUGGAUAAGUAGAAUUAAAGAAUUAAGAGCAUGGUAUAGCAACGUUAAAGAAAUACAUAUCACAAACCCGAGAAAGGUUGUUGGCCAGCAAGACUUGAUGAUCAAUAAUCCGCUUUCACAGGAUGAAGGGAGUCUUUGGAACAAAUUCUUCCAAGAUAAAGAACUCCGAUCAAUGAUUGAACAAGAUGUCAAAAGAACGUUUCCUGAGAUGCAGUUUUUUCAACAAGAAAAUGUGAGAAAGAUUCUUACAGAUGUUCUUUUCUGUUACGCCAGAGAAAACGAGCAGUUGCUUUAUAAACAGGGCAUGCAUGAGCUGUUAGCGCCCAUUGUCUUUAUCCUCCACUGUGACCACCAAGCCUUUCUACAUGCUAGUGAAUCCGCACAGCCCAGUGAGGAAAUGAAAACUCUCUUGAACCCUGAGUAUCUGGAACAUGAUGCCUAUGCGAUGUUCUCACAACUUAUGGAAACUGCUGAACCUUGGUUUUCCACUUUUGAGCAUGAUGGUCAAAAGGGAAAAGAAGCUCUGAUGACCCCCAUCCCUUUCGCUAGGCCACAGGAUUUAGGGCCAACAAUUGCUAUUGUUACUAAAGUCAACCAGAUCCAGGAUCAUCUACUGAAGAAGCAUGAUAUUGAGCUUUAUAUGCACUUGAACAGACUAGAAAUUGCACCACAGAUAUAUGGAUUACGGUGGGUGCGGCUGCUGUUUGGACGGGAAUUUCCUCUGCAGGACCUUCUGGUGGUCUGGGAUGCCUUGUUUGCAGAUGGGCUCAGCCUGAGUUUAGUUGAUUAUAUCUUCAUAGCCAUGUUACUCUACAUCCGAGAUGCUUUGAUUUCUAGUAACUACCAGACCUGUCUUGGCCUUCUGAUGCAUUACCCACCCAUCGGGGAUGUACACUCACUGAUCCUGAAGGCUCUGUUCCUUCGAGACCCAAAGAGAAAUCCAAGACCAGUAACUUACCAAUUUCAUCAAAAUUUGGAUUAUUACAAAGCACGGGGAGCAGACCUCAUGAAUAAAAGCCGGACCAAUGCCAAAGGUGCUCCCUUGAAUAUAAAUAAGGUCUCUAAUAGCCUGAUUAAUUUUGGAAGGAAGUUGAUUUCUCCUGCAGUGGCCCCAGGCAGUGCGGGUGGCCCCGUACCUGGGGGCAACAGCGGCAGCUCCUCCGUCGCUGGGAUCCCCACCCGGACCUCAGCAGAGGCCCCGAAGCAUCACUUACAGCAGCCGCCGCAGCAGCAGAGGCUGAUGAAAUCAGAAAGCAUGCCAGUGCAAUUGAACAAAGGCGAUAUAGUUACAGGAAGCGGUGCUCAGGUUUCUGCUCCUGUCCAGACUCUAACUGACCUCGAAGGACAAAGUUCGAAAAACGUCAGUUCCUCUCCAAGCAUUGAGAGUUUGCCUGGAGGAAGAGAAUUCACUGGCUCCCCACCUUCGUCUGCUACUAAAAAAGAUUCGUUUUUUAGCAACAUCUCCCGUUCCCGCUCACACAGCAAAACUAUGGGCAGAAAAGAAUCUGAAGAAGAAUUAGAAGCCCAAAUUUCCUUCCUUCAAGGACAGUUGAAUGACCUGGAUGCCAUGUGCAAAUACUGUGCAAAGGUGAUGAACACUCAUCUUGUAAAUAUUCAAGAUUUGAUAGUACAAGAAAAUUUGGAAAAAGAAGAUCAAAUUCUGGUUUCCCUGGCAGGAUUAAAGCAGAUCAAAGACAUUCUAAAAGGUUCCCUGCGUUUCAACCAGAGCCAGCUGGAGGCUGGGGAGAAUGAGCAGAUCACCAUCACGGAUGACCACUACUGCUCCAGUGGCCGGGGCCAGGGCCAGGGCGGCCUGACAGCCGGGGCAGCCAAGCAGGCCUCCUCAGAAAUGCCAGGGCACACAGACGGAGGGAGUUCAGACGACUUCAUCCUGGUCUCCAAGGACGAUGACGGUGGCAGUGCCAGAGGAGCCCUCUCGGGCCAGGCCCAGCCUCUUCGUACCCUCGGAAUCACAUCCAGGAAAAGUGAGGCCUUGGCCCGCUCCCCCCUUGUGUUCUCUGACCCCCUGACAGGCCCAGCCUCGGCCUCCUCCAGCAACCCCAGCUCCAGCCCUGACGACGACAGCAGCAACCACAGCAAGGAUUCGGGCUUCACCAUCGUGAGUCCCCUGGACAUCUGACUGUGGUGCCUGGUCCUGGUGCCCAGUCCUGCCUCGCGGGGACCCAGCCACCCACUCGGGCCCUGAGGCUGGCUGAGGCUCCCCCGGUGGAAAUCUCUUUGAAACCAUCACUUCUUUCCCAGCAUGCAUUUGGCAUGGGUGCAUCCCAUUGGAACCCUUAAAGAAAUCCAAAUGAAGCAAAUGUGGCCACAACACACAGACAUGUUCACCCAAAUUCAGACAGCAUCUCUGGGCCCUUCCCCACCCCUCAGCCCACUCAGCACUGAGUUAGAGCAAGGUUAGUACCCAGCUCACACUCACUGUCAGAAAAGACCAAAUCACAACUAGAGUCACUUUUCAUCUGUCCUCUCUUCCCCAGCUACGGAGUGGCGGGCUCAUCGGUUAUAUUUACAAGAAGGGGAAGAGUUGGUUUCACUUCCUCCCUGUCAGCAUCAGGCGUGGGAAAACUGGCUGAUAUCAAGAAAGCUUCCUCUGUGGAAAUGCAUGUCUCAGUCUACUUCAUUCCUACCUUGGAAAACCAUGCAGCAGAGCCAAAUGCAAUAGAACAAACUAGAACUAGUGGAUUCCAGGACUGGAAAAUCCUGUUCCUGACUCGUCAAAGUUAUAAUGAUCUUUAGAAACAGGGUCUAAAUUUAGGAAUCAUAUUUCGGUAUAAGGUCAUGUUAGAUUUUUUUGAUUUGUUGAAGAAUACAUUUCUAAACCUCAGACCAUCCCUGUCCCUCCUUAAACAAUUGGAUUUUACCUUUUAGGAUGUUUCACAGCCAGAAAACAAGGUGACUUUUAAGCCAGUCUUUUCUGCACUGAUUUCAGAAGUUGCUAGAAUGUUACUGUUCCUUCAGGUGAAAAAACGUGCACCUGACUUUUUGGGAUGCACAUCUUUCAAACAGUCAGUUUUCUGAUAACGGUUUCUAGUUUCAGGAGUAGAACCGCAGAGUAAAGGGGAAAAGCUGAGCUCAUUGUCACACAGAUUGAGAAGCCCUGUGGGUCUUAAGGGAGCAGUAACAGGGAAUUAGACAUGGAGCCUGUUGUUUGGGGAGCAGGGCUUCCUGGAGAAUAUUUCAGAUGCUGGGAGGAUGUAGGAUUUCUGCACAGCCCCUCCCCCUGCCGGGAGCCGAGUGUGGGGGCUGCAGCACAGUGCUCAGCCGGGACAGCGUCCCAGGGCAGAGCAGGAACGGGCCUGCGUGCCCAGGCCUUCCUGGUCCUUGCUUGGCAGCAUAGGAAAUCAGGAUGGGCACAGAGCAUCGGAUGGGCCGUUUCUCUCCUUUGCCUGAGCAGGAAUUCUAACAGGAAAGGGUGGGCAAUGCUGUUAGACACAGCACCCCAUUUCACCAGUGUCAGGAAAGAGUAGCCUCACUCGGGGCGACUGGCUCCUUGGGCCUCUCCUCAGAGGAUGGCGAGGCCCCAGCAGUGGAAACCUUCGUGGUGACAAGUGACAAACUUAGCAUGAAGGAGUAGACGCCAUUGACAUCCCUCCCACUGCUACCCUGCAUUUCCCUGGAGCCAGAUGUGAUAAUGACAGGAUCUCCCACUCGCUCUCCAAGAAAACUGACAACUGGCGAGUCAGCCACUGCAGAGAGGUUCUAAUUAGUUCUGAAACUAGCAGGGAGAUCUCCUGACACAUCCAGCAUAAGGUGGAUGAUAGCUCUGUUUUUGCCGAGGUAGUAGGGUUGUUGGUCCUCCACAGUUGCUCAGCAGAUGAGCUGACAUAAGCCUUCUGGCUCCUGACUCGAGUGGUCUCCUUAGCACUUCUGCGGGGGAGGAAUCUUGGAGCAAGUUGCUGCCAAGUACGCAUCCCCAGGACGGCACUCUGUAGGCCCCCAGGGUUCCCGUACAGCAAGUGGCCUUGCAGCUAAGCAGCGGCUGCAUCGGUGACUUUCACACAAAGGCUGUGCUCAUGAAGGUGGUGGUGUUUCUAGUUUUGAGUUGAGAAUUGUGGCGCUGUCCCACAGGCUCUAGGAUGGGGACUGAGAAGGCUCUCAGAGCUGCCUGUCCCCCGGCAGCUUGGCCACCAUCACCUGCUCACCUGCAGCUUUUCUUUUGCCUUGAGAACGAGUGUCAUAAAAGCCAAGUGUCACUGGCCACCCAAGAGUCCACUGGGCAUCCACCUGCCACCAGCAAGCUGAGCUGGUUCCGUCAGUUAGCUGGGCGUUCAGUGGUCACUGGGCAUUUCUUCCUGCCUUGCCCACACCUGGAGCGGGGCUUCUCCGCUGUGUGUCUGCCUUGGUGCCACAUGAGAGCCAGUGGCUCACUCAGAGGGGCUGCUUCUUGCCCCACAAUCCUCUCGUCCUCCAAGAAAAACGCACGAGGGGCGUGAGGCAUGUCAGUGCCAACCCCAGUUUCCAGAGGUUCAUAGCAUUAGAGAAUUAGAUUAAUGUCUUACUUUUUUAAGUGACUUUUUUUUUUAUUAUUCAUAGUUUAGCAUUGUUUGCGUUUUUACUAGUUACAGUGCCAUUAAAGAAUACUUGUUCCUUUUUAUUAUUUUAUCAGGUACUUUUGUUUAAUUGCACAUUUUUUUAAAUCCUGACUAUAUGAAACCUUUUGUUUUUCUCUAACAAAUGUGGUAAUCAGUGGAACCCUCCCAUGGUUUGAUUAUUCACAGUGACAUACCUUUUAUACGAGUAAAGCUUAGGGUCAUUCUCGUUAUCCUCUUUCUUUUCAUACAUGUCCCUAUGUGUUUCAGGCAUUCCUCUUUGAUCAGAUUAGAAAUUUGAGUUAGAAUUUCUCUCCAUACGUUGCAUACAGGAGUUACAGGCUAGAGAAAGAAAACAGUCGUACUUACUUUGCCUUACCUUGUGUGUAUGCCAAGGGUUCAUUUAACACUUUAACAUCUAAUUAUACUGGAUUUAUCUCCCCAAAAUGACCUCCUUCUAAUGUUCAAUGCUAACUGCAAUAUGGUAAAGAAUAAUAUCACUGAAGAAUAAACGUGACUCUAAAAAUAAA